CUGCGCGGCUUGUAGAAGAGAGAAGAAGGGUAUUUUAGUAAAAACGGAAUUUAGCUAGGGUUUUAGGGUUUGAUGUACGUAGUUCAUCGUUGACAUAUAAAAACGCCUCCCAGUCAACAAAUCUCUUCUCCGCGAGCAGAUUAUCAGUGCAAGCAGCUCCUAGAUCUACACCGCCACAAUCUUCAAGGAAAGUGACUUGUAAUCUGAUCAUCAACCAGAAAUGUCAGGAGAAGAAGCACCUGUUGCACCUGUUGCAAUUGAGACCACUGAAGCACCUCUGGGUGAAGCCAUGGACAUCAUGACUGCCUUGCAGCUUGUGCUGAGGAAGUCACUUGCUCAUGGUGGGCUUGCACGAGGACUCCAUGAAGGUGCCAAGGUGAUUGAAAAGCAUGCUGCACAACUCUGUGUGAUAGCUGAGGACUGCAACCAGCCAGAUUAUGUUAAAUUGGUCAAGGGCCUUUGUGCUGAUCAUGAUGUUAAAUUAAUGACAGUGCCUAGUGCUAAAACACUUGGCGAGUGGGCUGGUUUGUGUAAAAUUGAUUCUGAAGGAAAAGCUAGAAAGGUUGUGGGUUGCUCCUGUGUUGUAGUGAAGGACUAUGGAGAGGAGUCGGUGGGUUACAAUAUUGUUCAGGAAUAUGUGAAGUCCCAUUAAGUUAAGCAAAAUAUUGGAGAGUGAGGCCCAUUUUGCAUUGAGAGAUUGUUCCUUAGGUAGCACUGAGCUUUUCUUUAUUAAUGGAUUUUGAUACUUGAUAAACCUCAAUGACAAGGUAUAUCAUUUUUCUUUUGAGUAAUGCAGUUUGUAUGUCAAAUUCAUGUCACAAGUAAUUUAUUAUCUUUUCCAAUUA